CUCGGAGAAGAAGCUGUAGCGUCAAGCGUGUGUGUUUUGCUUCCUUCUUUGCACUGCUCGAUUCUCUUCUCUUCUCUCUCUCUCUCUCUGAAGAAUAAGAAGAAGAGGUUCGGUUUGUGUCGGUCGUCCUUAUUACAGAUCCGAUUCCACCAUCUCUCUCUCUCUCUGGUUGUUUUUUAUUUUGUGUCCUCUGAGGGUAUGGCUUCGAAGCGGAUUUUGAAGGAGCUCAAGGAUCUGCAGAAGGAUCCUCCUUCUAAUUGCAGCGCAGGUCCUGUGGCUGAGGACAUGUUCCACUGGCAAGCAACUAUCAUGGGACCCCCUGAGAGCCCCUAUGCCGGAGGAGUUUUUUUGGUUUCCAUUCAUUUUCCUCCGGAUUAUCCUUUCAAGCCACCAAAGGUGUCUUUCAAGACUAAGGUGUACCACCCUAACGUCAACAGCAAUGGAAGCAUUUGCCUUGAUAUCCUGAAAGAGCAAUGGAGUCCCGCUCUUACCAUUUCCAAGGUUUUGUUGUCAAUUUGCUCGCUGCUGACUGAUCCAAACCCUGAUGAUCCUCUUGUCCCGGAGAUAGCUCAUAUGUACAAGACAGACAGAUCCAAAUAUGAGUCGACAGCGAGAAGCUGGACACAAAAGUACGCAAUGGGUUGAUAAGACAAAGGUGAUCUCGAGACAAGCAAAUGAUCUCUUACUUGGCAUGGAUAUGUAAGACUUAAAAAAACGCAAACCAUAUCAUGUGGCUGUAAUCGAAUAACUUAGCUGCUCGUACUCUUCUUCUGUUCUGAUCAUGAUCACUGUUAACUAUAUUAUUCCGAUGGGUCUUGUUUUAUUCUCUUGUUUUCUC